AUGCCUGAUAUGAACUCGACCGAGCUGAUUAUGCUACCCUUUGAAAGUUUCAUGGGCUCGACUGCUCUGUUCUUCCGUAUAGGGCCUGGCAUCAUCCUGAAAGCUCCCGUUAAGAUGGGAUUUGAUCAGAUUGUACGAAAGCGAGACACUGUGGAGCACCACUACAUUGUCGAAAAGCAGAUCCUAGACAGGCUCGGCACGCAUCCGAGAAUUGUCAAAUUUCUGGGCUCGUACACCGAGUUCCCGACCGGAUUGCUCUUUGCAGAGGCUAGCCACGGAAGUCUUCAGAAGUUCUUAUAUGAGCAUGACAACGAAAUUACACCCACUCUUCGCCAAAAAUGGUUCAUUCAGGCUAUUGAAUCCAUCGAGUUCAUUCACAGCAAGGGAGUUAUGCAUAGCGAUCUAAGACCCGACAACUUCUUAGUUGACUGCACAUCGUCUCAGUCACUUGACUUACGCCUCUGCGACUUUGGCGGAUCAACUUGCGAAGACCUCCAGAUUUCUGGCGGAACACUUCCCGAUUCUGGUUUUCAUAACCCGAAUGAUGCUUGGGAACCAACUUAUGCCGCUGAUAUUUUUAGCCUCGGUUCUGUUUUGUAUACCAUCAUGACGGGUCAUUGGCCAUUUCGUUCGACUACUGGCCAGUGGACUUCUAGUGAGGAGAUGAUGGAAUAUAAUGCAAAAGUAGAUCGUUGCUUUGCUGAUGGUAUCUUCCCCGAAGUUGAGGGACUUUUUGGGGGGGAUAUUAUCACGGGGUGUUGGACAAACAAGUUCUCUGACGCUGCAGAAAUUAUGACACGUAUUUCUCAACUUGGAAUUAAAGAGUAG